ACCGAUGAGGCGGUAUAGCUUAAUUUGAAAGAGAUCUAUUGUACGACCAAAUUGAAUGGGGCACCCACUAUUUGCGUUGAAAAAAGACACCCAAAAAAAAAAUCAAAGUGACCGAUGACAGCCUCUCACUCUCACAGGUAUCUUGUUGCAAUUUUUGUCUCCCUCGCUUUGCUUUUACCCCUUUUGCACUGACUCUCCUCCCAUCUUUCUCAGUUAUUACACUUGAAUUUAAUCGCAACUAUCUCAACUAUUUCUCGUGAUUUCUCCAUUUCACCUUUCUUUUCUUCUCCUACUAUAGUUUCAGCACGGACCCUUUACUUCACAUCUUCCUUGAUUCAAAACUUUUCAACUUCCCCCUUUUUUUCACCUCUUAUUAACCCUAAUUUCCCUGUUUCCUCAGUACCCAUCUUAAAAAAAAUUCAAUUUUUGUUGCUGGGUUCUUUAUUUCUGCCGAUAUUUGGUGUUGGGUUGGUGUUCCUCGUAUACAUGUCGCUUAACAGAUGGAUGUUUGUUGUGGCUCAUUUUGAAUUGGUAGAAGUAGCUGUUGUUGCAGUUAUAUCUAACGCACAGAGCUGCUUGUUCUAGCAAUUUCCUCUUUCAAUAUGAUGAAAGAGCUCUCUGGAAUUUCUUUGGCAUGACCCUUGCUUCUUGCACCAAUUUAUCUUUUGGAUACUUCAUCUGAGAUGGGUUAGUAUUGAGCUCUCUGGCUAUAUUUUUGUGUCAUUUUUGUAGACUUGAAUGAUUAUAUCAAAGAUGGAUACUUUGAUUGGCAAUUGCGAAAUUGUAGAGGUCAAGGAAGAACUUAAUAUGAAUGAUAAAGUGAGAAAGCAUUACAUGUUGAGGCAAGGACGUGUUUAUUCCAUUGAAGAUGAUAUCAACCAGCUAUUUGACUCUGUGAAUAUAAAGACUUCAGUAAAAGGGAAAGCCUUACAAAGGAAUCCUAUGAAACGGCCCAUUAGGGCUAAUUCUCCACAGGCAUUGGGUAUUGGAAUUUCAGAAACUGUAAAUCUGAAACAGGCACUAAGGGGAUUAAGUCUCUCACAAGCAUCGGAGAUGGCUGCCUUGAAAAAGCGGACGCAGAAACCGAGAGGAUCAUCUGGAAUGUCGGAUGUGGGACCAAGUAACCAGUUACACAAGACAGUAGUAGUCCAAGCGAAGGGAUCUGAGCUACCAACAAAUGAAGGCAAAAGAAAUCUCGUAGAGAUCUCUUUUCCUGGUAAAAUUAUGGCCAAUCUCUCUGAAACAAUACCAGAAUUUGUUGAAGUUAGCUCUCCAAGUUCAUCAAAUCAGGCUUGCAAUCCUUCUACUUCAUCUACUCAUACAGACAUGACAAAGUUGAAGAUGGUCAGAGUACCAUCACAGGAUAAGAUUGUGCCUUUGGCAUCAGAAGUCAUAAGUGAAAAGUUUAGUACAGAUCAGGUUCAGAAAAAUAAGCUUAAAACUUUACAGGGGAUGCGUACUAUUAAAAAUGUUUUAGAGGUAGAUGACUUAGGUUCUGCCCAUGCAGAUAAAGAUCAGUGUCGGACAGAUGCAUUGAAUAAAGAGUCGUGCCUAAGGAGUGGUGUCGUUGGUGACAAAUUUAAGCAUACAAGUAGCAGCCCACGUCUAAUGAAGCCAGCCUUUUGGAACAAGAACUUAGUCAAGAGGAAAGUAAAGGCAGAGUCUGAUUAUACCUCUUGCAAAUCUCAUGCAGCUAAAGGAAUUGUUAAUACAGAUUCGUGUAAUCAUCCCAAGACUAGGGAGCUGGUUGGCAAGGAAAGUAGCAUUUCUUUGAAGCAUGAGGGUAAAACAAAUGAGAAAAUAACUCCAGCGUCUAAUAGUGGCGUUGCCUGUGCUGAGCUCAGUUCAAGUGGUCUUGAUGCAAGAGUGAAUCAACUAUCUGUUGCAAAAGCUGAUGAUGGUCCAAGUGAUGAAGGUAAAGCUGGUGGGAAAUCAAGAUCUAGAGAGAAGGGGGAGUUUUCUCAAAGUUCAAAAAGUAGCAUUGGUGAGUUUAGUAGCAGCACAAGCGAAGAGAGCAGUACAAGUGGGUCUAGCCGUUGUUGUAAUAGGCCACAUAUGUCGAAAGACACAAGAUGGGAGGCUGUACACUGUGUUCAGAAGCAGCAUGGAUUCUUGAGUUUGAGACAUUUUAAGCUGCUGAGGAGGCUUGGUUCUGGGGACAUUGGAACUGUCUAUCUUGCAGAGCUUGUGGGCACUAAGUGCCUAUUUGCUUUGAAAGUGAUGGAUAAUGAAUUUUUGUCUCGGAGAAAAAAAUUGGUACGAGCCCAAACUGAAAGGGAUAUCAUGCAGAUGCUGGAUCACCCAUUUCUUCCUACACUGUAUGCCCAUUUUACUACGGAUAAGCUCUCGUGCUUGGUUAUGGAGUAUUGUCCUGGUGGGGAUUUACAUGCUAUUCGGCAGAAGCAACAAAAGAGGUGUUUCUCAGAGCAUGCAGCUAGGUUUUAUGUUGCGGAAGUUCUCCUGGCACUGGAGUACCUUCACAUGCUUGGAAUUGUGUAUAGAGACUUAAAGCCUGAAAAUAUCCUGGUCCGAGAAGAUGGGCAUAUUAUGCUAUCUGAUUUUGACUUGUCCCUCAGAUGUGUUGUCAAUCCAACACUCUUCAGGUCUUCUUCACCCAUUAUUGAGCCUGCAAAGAAGACACCUUCCGGUGUAUGUUCUGAAUCUAGCUGCAUUGAUCCAUUUUGCCUCCAACCAUCCUGGCAGAUGUCAUGCUUUACCCCGAGACUAUUAACUGCUGCAUCAAAAACCCGAAAGGUCAAAUCCGAACAAGCUGUUCAGGUUACUCCAUUGCCACAGCUUGUAGCAGAACCAACUGAAGCCCGCUCCAAUUCCUUCGUUGGGACUCAUGAAUACUUGGCUCCUGAGAUUGUCAAAGGGGACGGUCAUGGGAGUGCUGUUGAUUGGUGGACAUAUGGGAUUUUCUUAUACGAGCUUUUAUAUGGUAAAACACCCUUCAAAGGAUCAAGUAAUGAAGAGACGUUAGCCAAUGUGGUAUCACAGCCUCUCAAAUUUCCAGACACCCCUCUAGUUAGCUUCCAUGCCAAGGAUCUGAUUAGAGGGCUUUUAAAUAAACAACCACAGAACCGUCUGGGAUUUGUGAGAGGUGCUGCAGAGAUAAAGCAACACCCUUUUUUCGAGGGCUUAAACUGGGCUUUAAUACGCUGUGCUGUACCCCCAGAACGACCCAAGUUCCGUGAUGUUAGUAAGGGUCUCUUUUCAAGCAAGAAAGAUACUAAAAAGUCUUUGGGAGUUCAAGGCAAUGAGCUCAUCGACUUUGAGCUAUUUUAGCCACUGCUGUCACAGCAGCUGAAAUUGUCGCGAAAAGUUUUCCCGGUUAUUUCCCACAGUGAGGUAGUUAGGUAUCUCAUACAUGUAACACAAGCAUAGCUCCUAAUGUAAAUGUAAGAAAUUAGCUAUAUAAUCUAUGGAAAAGGAUUUUUCCUUGUUCAUGCA